AGAUAUCCGGUGCUGUGGAAUCAUUUAGGUUCAAUGACGACGUGACGACGUCGUCCGCGAUUAGCCAUGGACGAUUCGACCAUUGUGAGAGAAGACGGAAAUCGAUACAUUCCUGCUUCUCGUCGGCCGGAUGGAACAUGGAGAAAAGCGAGACGCGUCAAAGAUGGAUACGUUCCUCAAGAAGAAGUUCCAUUGUAUGAGAGCAAAGGCAAACAAUUCGCCAAAGCUGUACCUGACCAUCCCAUCGGGCUUUCACCGGCACAAAUCGAGCGCCUGCGACUGGCACGCGAGCGAAACGCCGGUCACGAAUCGAAUCCCCGAGAAGUCGGCAAUGCGUUGAUUCCGGGCUUGGACCCUGCGCGAGCCGUCGCCAGCAUCAAAAAGACCGCCAAAAAGGCCGCCAAGGGCAAGCAGGGUGAAGCCGUCAAGAAACCCGCCGCAGAGAACGCCGCCGACAAGAAUUCCAAGAAACCGAGUCCCUCGGCGCUGAGUUUAGACGUUCUCCGGAUCUCAGAUCCGGUGGAUCCUGCGAAGCGAUUGCGGAAUUUGCGGAAGAAGCUCAACGACAUUGAUGCCCUGGAGGCACGAAUAAAAAGUAAGGAGAUUUCCCCGUCUGCUGAGCAACUGGAGAAAGUUUCCCGACGGCAGCAAGUGGUGGAUGAAAUGGAGGCGUUGGAAAAGCAGAUUUUUCCUAAAGUCGUGAUCAUGUGGGGAAGUUCUAGAACGGGUGGGAAGAAAAACAAGAAGGGCGCUACACGCCAAAGUGAGCCACAGUUGGACCCGCAGGAAUUGCGAAGACAGCAAAUGUUGGCAGCAGCUGAAAAAAGACGUUCAGAUGAAUUGCAAAGAGGUCUGAAAAAUGCCGGAACUGCGGAUAAGCUGUUGAAGAGAAGGUCUGAUGAUGAGCAUCCGGAAAGACGAGCGGGUGGUGAAGAUGGUGAACCGCCAUUGAGGUGGAAUGUGGGCUAAAGGAAUUCGAUUCGGUGCUGUGUUGCGAUCCAGUUCCUGUUCCCAAGGCUUCUUUCAAAGUGUUGAUGCUUCUCGUCAUUGUUUCUGUAUUCUGAAAUAAAGCAACUUCUGCGUUUGCACAA